AUGAGCGUCGCUUCUUGCCUGCCGCCCCCUCACAUCGGGGUCAAGACUCAGCACCUUGUACCUAAGGAUAGCACAUAUCCUUCAAAGAUAGGCAUUCCAACAACGGAUGUGCCAGCGAGAAAGCUUCCUGUUGUCCAUUCCAAGCCGGUUCCUCGAGGGACCGCUAGCUUCGAGGCUAUGAGGGCCGCCCUUCUUGACGCUUUUGAUUCCAAAGUUCUGCGAGAUUACCAUCUGCCCCGUGAACUGAUCGAGAAUCCGCCCACCGAUGUUUCAGGUAUUCCUGCAUCUUGUGGAAUUUUAUCGAAAGCUGAGAUCGAGAUCACGGAGAAUCAUGACGCCGUCGGUCUUGUUGCUGCGCUUGCAAAGCAGCAAUACACGGCUGUUGCUGUCACCACUGCCUUUUGCAAGCGUGCGAUAAUUGCGCAUCAGCUUACCUGCUGCCUGACUUCAUGGUUCAUGGACGAAGCCAUUGAACAAGCAAAAGCACUGGAUGACUAUAUGGCCAAGAAUGGAAAGCCCAUCGGCCCCCUCCACGGGCUUCCCAUCAGUAUCAAGGAGCACAUAGCCAUACGCGGGACAUGCUCCUCACACGGAUACUUUGGCGGUAUCGCCAUGGACGAUACGGACAGUGAAAUGGUCGCAAUCCUCCGAAGUCAGGGCGCCGUCUUUUACUGCAAGACCAACCAGCCACAGUCAAUCAUGCACCUUGAGAGCGACUCUCACUGGGGUCGAACUUUGAACCCUUUCAACAUUCAUCUCUCGUCGGGUGGAUCUACGGGGGGCGAAGCAGCGCUAAUUGCGAUGAAGGGCUCGGUCAUCGGUGUCGGCACUGACAUCGGCGGCAGCAUCCGCGGACCUUCAGCCUUCUGCGGCAUCUACGGGUUCAAGCCCACGUCCAACAUCUUGCCCAUGAGGGGCUUCAGCAGGGGCACGUUCCCAGGCGAGCUGAAUGUGCUGGCGUCGACCGGGCCGAUGGGUCGUAGUUUGAGGGACAUGGAUCUCUUCAUGCGGUCUAUCCUCUCUGCAAGGCCGCAUCUAGCUAAUCCUGAGCUGAUUCCGCAUCCAUGGGGUAGCAUCGAACCCCCGCUUGGCCGGAGGUUGAAGAUUGGUAUCAUCGACAACGACGGGUUCAUCAUGCCUCAGCCACCCGUCAAGAGGGCGUUGUCUUGGGCCAAGGGUCUUCUAUCCGACCCCAAAUACGAGGAUCUCGUCGAGCUCAGGGAUUUCAAGGUCUUUGGUGCGGCAGAGGCCUGGGACAAGAUUCGACUGAUGUACUGGCCGGACGGCGGUCAACUCACAACGGACGCCAUUAUUUCUACUGGGGAGCCAGUCCACACCCUAACCAAGUGGAUUUGCCAAACGGCUGAGCCCCUGGGGAUGCAGACCGCCGCCGACGUGAGUCUAAUGCGAGACGAGAGAGACAGGUUCCGACAUGCCUUUGCCAAGAGCUGGACGGAGCAGGAUGUGGACAUUGUCAUUGGGCCUGCGUUUGUUGGACCAGCGUCCGCCCACGACACCGCCUUCUACUGGACAUAUACCUCGCUCUAUAACCUUGUUGAUUAUCCAGGAGCCGUUGUCCCCACGCCCAUCAAGGCUGAAUUAGGAGAAGAAUACGAUCCCAGCUAUGUUCCACUGAGCGAUGCUUGCCGGCAUGUCAAGGAGCUGUGGGAAACGGGGAACUUUGAGGGAGCCCCGAUAAACUUGCAGAUCGUGGCAAGGAGAUACCAUGACAAUGAGCUUUUCAGGGCGCUCAACGUCCUGAAGGAUAUUUUGAAUCUUGCUUGA